GACCAAGAACGAAGAAGAACAUCUUCUGUACAUUUCAUAUACAUAUACACUCACUUAUUUAAUCUACUUCACAACUAAUCACAUUGAUAGCUGAAAAGCUUUUACGAACAAAUCAAGAAUAAUCUAAAGUUUAAGACCUCUGGUUUUGAUUCAGAGAGGCUAUGGGACACGGUGAUCAUAAGGGCCGACCCCAUAAGAAGCACAAAUCAUCGGCAAAGGAAGAGCAUAGGAAUCCAUUUGUGGAAGACGAAGGUGGUUAUUUUGGGGAUGAAGGGGACGACGAUUUGCGCGAAGGUGAGGGGAAAAAGAGGGAUUUUACCAAAUUAGAGUUGAAACCUGACCACGCCAAUAGGCCAUUGUGGGCUUGCGCUGAUGGACGCAUUUUCCUUGAAACGUUCUCACCUUUGUAUAAACAAGCUUAUGAUUUUCUUAUUGCCAUUGCCGAACCAGUUUGCAGGCCAGAAUCUAUGCACGAAUACAACUUGACACCGCAUUCGUUGUAUGCUGCGGUGUCUGUUGGUCUAGAAACUGAGACAAUCAUAGCUGUUUUGAAUAAACUGUCUAAGACUAAGCUUCCAAAAGAAAUGAUAGACUUCAUACAUGGUUCCACGGCCAAUUAUGGCAAAGUGAAGCUCGUUCUUAAGAAGAACAGGUACUUUGUUGAAUCCCCAUUCCCAGAGGUGCUAAAGAAUUUGCUCAAGGAUGAAAUUAUAUCUCGAGCAAGGAUUAUUUCUGAGGGUGUGAAUGGAAAUGAUGGAUUUACUAUUAGCAAAAGUAUGGGUGAGAUGGUAAAUGGUCAUGAUGGGUUGCUGAAUGAAGCAGAAAUUGCAGCUGCAGCCGAAGAAAAAGAAACUCACUCAUUUGAAGUUGAUCCUUCACAGGUUGAAAAUGUCAAGCAACGUUGCUUGCCGAAUGCUCUAAAUUAUCCCAUGUUAGAGGAGUAUGACUUCAGAAAUGAUACUGUCAAUCCGGACCUUGACAUGGAGCUGAAGCCUCAAGCACAACCCAGACCAUAUCAGGAAAAGAGCUUGAGUAAAAUGUUUGGAAAUGGAAGGGCUAGAUCUGGUAUUAUUGUGCUGCCUUGUGGUGCUGGAAAAUCUUUAGUUGGUGUUUCUGCAGCCAGUCGAAUUAAAAAGAGCUGUCUCUGUUUAGCAACUAAUGCUGUGUCUGUGGAUCAGUGGGCAUUUCAGUUUAGGCUCUGGUCAACCAUUCGAGAGGAUCAAAUUUGUCGUUUUACAUCUGAUAGCAAAGAAAGAUUCCGUGGUAAUGCUGGAGUGGUUGUAACAACAUAUAACAUGGUUGCUUUUGGUGGAAAACGGUCCGAAGAAUCGGAAAAGAUUAUUGAAGAAAUAAGAAACAGAGAAUGGGGAUUACUGCUUAUGGACGAGGUGCACGUUGUUCCUGCACACAUGUUUAGAAAAGUCAUUAGCAUCACUAAAUCUCACUGCAAGCUUGGGCUCACUGCCACACUGGUGAGAGAGGAUGAGAGGAUUACAGAUCUGAAUUUUCUUAUUGGUCCCAAAUUGUAUGAAGCAAAUUGGUUGGAUUUGGUAAAAGGUGGAUUUAUUGCGAAUGUACAGUGCGCUGAAGUGUGGUGUCCAAUGACGAAGGAGUUUUUUGCGGAAUAUUUAAAGAAAGAAAACUCCAAGAAAAAACAGGCACUCUAUGUGAUGAAUCCAAACAAGUUUAGGGCAUGUGAGUUUCUCAUACGGUUUCAUGAACAACAACGUGGGGAUAAGAUAAUUGUUUUUGCUGACAACCUAUUUGCACUCACGGAGUAUGCUAUGAAACUCCGCAAACCGAUGAUCUAUGGUGCUACCAGCCACGUUGAGAGGACAAAAAUUCUUGAAGCUUUCAAAACUAGUCGGGAUGUAAACACCAUCUUUCUCUCGAAGGUUGGUGAUAAUUCUAUAGAUAUUCCUGAGGCCAACGUGAUCAUUCAGAUUUCGUCCCAUGCUGGUUCAAGGCGUCAGGAAGCUCAGCGUCUGGGUCGUAUUCUUAGGGCUAAGGGUAAGCUUCAGGAUAGGAUGGCAGGAGGUAAAGAAGAGUACAACGCAUUCUUUUAUUCCCUUGUGUCAACUGACACACAGGAGAUGUACUAUUCAACUAAAAGACAGCAGUUCUUGAUCGAUCAAGGUUAUAGUUUCAAGGUGAUCACGAGUUUGCCUCCAACUGAUUCGGGACCUGAGCUGAGCUAUCAUCGCCUCGAAGAACAACUAUCUCUUCUCUCAAAAGUGUUGAGUGCCGGUGAUGACGCAGUCGGGUUAGAGCAAUUGGAAGAAGAUGCAGAUGACAUAGCCCUCCAUAAAGGCCGUCGUUCUAUGGGAUCAAUGAGUGCCAUGUCAGGUGCAAAUGGAAUGGUCUACAUGGAGUACAGUACCGGGCGCAGACUUGCUGGGCAAGGACAGCUCAAGAGCAACAAGCCCAAAGAUCCAGCCAAGCGGCAUCAUCUGUUUAAAAAACGUUUUACCUGAGACAAAAAUGGGGAAAUUCAGAACAAAGUUCGAAACAUACAUGGGAUUUUUUAGAGAGAAGCUUAUGUAAGUUUUGCAUACGAAAUAUCUAUGUUGUGUGAAUUUCCAAUACCAACUUGGGUAUACACUUGGAAGUGAAAUUCUCUGGGGGUAAUUACUGAUCAGAAGCUUAGCUUUUGAUUAAUGUAAUAUUAGUUCCGGUCAGUCUGUUGGGAUUUUAGAAAUGUAGUAGGAAAGGAAUAUGAUAGAGCCAUGGGGGGGCCUUUUCUUUUCAUUUCUUUUAUUGUAAUGUAUGUAAUCAGGUGAGAAAAUAUUGCUCUUUACACUAGAGGUGGUUCUCCUUUGAAGUAAAAUAUAGUAUUAUACAAAACAGUUGAGUUCUCAUAGGGCUGUUUUGGCAAUGAUAUUUACUUGUGAAUGGACAAUAGAGUGAACUUUGUUA